AUUUUCAGAAGAUUUCAGGAGUGGGUGGAGGAAGCGAACAUCUUGGCAGACGCAAGGAUGAUGGAGGAGGGGGUAUACGGCGGCGGCAAGGCGGGGGCACCUUUUGACCCGCUCACAUUUAUCCAGCGGCCCCAGGUCAUCCUCAGGGCAGUAACUUGGUUGUUUUCCGUCAUCAUCUUUGGGUGCAUCUCUGCAGAAGGCUGGUCCAAAGACGCGAAAGGGGUUGAACACUGUCACUACAACAAUGACAGCAAUGCUUGUAAUUAUGGUGUUGGCAUCUCUGUUAUUGCCUUCCUUGCAUCCAUUGGCUUUAUUGUUGGCGAAUAUUUCUUUGAGCAGAUGUCAUCUGUCAAGACCAGGAAGCGUUAUGUCAUGGCAGAUAUGGGAUUUUCAGCAUUAUGGUCAUUUCUGUACUUCAUCGGAUUCUGUUACUUGACUAACCAAUGGACCAAAGCUGAAGCCCCUGAAUAUGUUGUCAACAACAUGCAAGCAGCCAUUGUCUUCAACUUCUUUGCAAUCUUCCCUUGGGCUGGUGCAGCAUAUCUUGCAUUCUUGAGGUACAGGCAGGGAUCAGCCCAAGCUUUUGCCCCAAGUUAUGAGGCUGACCCCACCAACAUGGGUGGAUACAACAGCUACCCAGAUGCCACAGAUCCUGAUGGAGGUUAUUCUCAGCCUCCAUUUGCUGGGCAGCCAGCACAACCUCAAUCAGGUAUGCAGCAGGCACCGCCCUAUUAGGCUGCAGGCGUGAGUGUUUCUUAAAGCUCAGCUAGUCAGUCAACUUCACUAGUCAGCACCGCUCAGCUGGAUAGCACCAACAUUCCUGCCGCAGCUAGCCACCAAGUAUUGCCGAUAUUCGCCAGCUUUCCCUGGGGGCUGGGCCAUCCAGGAAAUUUCACUAGUCAGGGGCAGACACAGCCCUUGCACAGUGUUGUGUUAUGUUGAGAUUGUUGGGGAAAUAGGAACUAUGUUGUACCAAAGGUGAGGCUUAGGUAAGAGAAAAAAUUUUGUCGACUCUAAAAGUCACCUCGCUCAUUUGUUUACCUCACCUUUCGGAGGAAAAUCUUCCUUUAAUAAAUAAGGAAAACUUGAAAGUUAACCUCUCGUUCCGUUACUGAGGUGUUAUUGGCGGGGUAGUGUGUUAACUCUUAAAAAGAUUGUUUGUUCUUCAUAUUAGCCAGAUCAAUGGAUCAGUUAAUUUUAACACUUUGGGAUAAGCCUACAUUUUACAUGUAAGAAUCCCAAAAGGUAUACAUGUAUUUUAUGUAAAGAAGAGGCUUCAUUGAAGUGUAUUUUUACUUUAACAGUCAAGUUGUAUACAGUUGUGGUAGUGUGUGUAGCAGUGGUACUUCCUCAGUAGAUAUUCCUAUUAGCACUACUAUGAUACACCAAUAUACAGUGCCUAGGUUAUUCAGUGCCUGGUUGACAAGUUUACUUGUUAUCCUGAACCUGGAGUUUGGUUAUUUAUUAUUAGAUUUCAUAUAGAUAUUAUACAAACUAUGAUAUUGUGAAAAACCCAAAUUAUUGUUCUGGAUAAAUGUGCAUCAUGUCAGCUGGGGUUUGUUUAACUGAGGUAAUGAUGUAUAUGUGGAGUCUGUAACACCAAGAACAGUUUAAGUUUUCUCUUAAAAGACAUGGUAAUAUUAUUUUGAAAAUGAAGAUGGUUGAUGUAAAGUAUUGUAGAUGUGUCACUCUUAAUUUUAAUAGGCCAGCAUUUCUAUACCUGUAUAAUAAUUGGAAGAGCCUGUUUUCUAUACUGUAUAUUGUAUUUUAGUUAUGAAGAGCAUGAAAACUAGAAACAGGUGUCCAAAACCUAUGGUCUGGUCAGUAUAGGUAAAUAAACCACAAGCGAAUCUUACUCAAAGUUCCCACAUUUUUGUGUUCAGGUGGAUGACCUUACAGUUGUUACACAAGACGGCAUCAUUAAUGUCAUGACUUUUUUUUUCUUACUCAUGUGCCAAUAACCUGCAAUAAUAAAUUAAAAGUCUUAAAUACUUAAGGUGUGAAACACUACUUCAAUUCAAAUGUUUACUGUACAGGAAGUUGAUGUGUAGUCCUGUGUAAUUUACUAAUGGAAGUGUGUGAAAUGUGUGCCGUUUUAAUUAGGUAUGGAUAGUGUACGUUUAGGGUUGCCAGCUUUAUUUUUGACAAUUGGAAUGAAAAAUAAAAUUGUCACAUGAUGAUCCGGUACUUUAUUUAAAACUCAUAAUCUGCUGAUCAUGAUUUAGAUUUUUAAAUUUUAUACAAUAAUUUAUGUAAAUAAGUUUCUUGGAAGAAGUUACUGUCAACCUUCCUUAUUGGUAUUUUUACCUUUGUUUUUGUAGGACUACAAACCUGAAAAUGGUAAUGAGAUUUUCCAUAGAGGAGGAUAAAGUGUUUAUGCACAACACUCCAUCCUGUCCAGCAUCUUAUAUUAUUAUAGAUAAAUACCACAGUGAUGGUUUGGAGUAUACUUCUCAUGUUUAUAUUUAUCCCUUAAAAAUUUACGCGCAGUACUACUUAUACAGUACAGGGUACUUGUUUUUAUUAAAAAAUAACGAUAAAUUUCUGAAGUUGAGUAUUAUUAUUAGUAACUAAUUUGUAUGAUAUUAAUUGUACAUCCACAUCACUGGUAUAAUGAGAAAAGGUGCACGUCUUGAUGAUUUGAAUUACGUAUAUAAUAUUUUUUAAGUUUUUAUUGUUCAUAGUUUUAUAAUAUGAGAAUGGAGCUGAUGAAAGGAGUAGUAAUUAUAAUGAAACUUGGCACAACACCUUUAUAUAGACACUUAAAAGUUAAUUAUUUAUUACUGUGUGUUACUUGCAGAAUUUGGAAAAGGUCUUAAUGAAGGAAAUAUACUUUCAUCAAAGUUAAGGACAUAUAAAUGCAGUUUUACUAAAUCACAAGAUUCCCAAACCUGUGUAUGCUAGAAUUCAUCAAAGACAAUAUUAUGAGAAAAAUAUUCAUAUGGCAACCCUGCAUCAGAUGGUACAUUAUUGAGCAUUCUUUCUUAAUUAUAUGGAGUAAAAGCAGUGUAAACUCCUUAAUUUGUGUGAAGGAUUUUCAAUUUAUAUUUUCAAGUAUAUUUUAUGUAUAUAGACUGGAAAAGCAAAUUAAUAUUGUUAAUGUAUUUUCCUUAAAACAGAAAUGUAAAGUGUGGAUAUAUUUAUAUAUUUUGAUCACAAAGCCAUUAUUUUUGUCAUUAAGUGCUAAAAUCUUCCACAUGCUGUUUCUCCAUUCCUAACAUUACUUCCACAUAUCAGUCCAGAGUACUUAUAUGAUCCAAGAUUUAAAAUUUUUGGAAAGAUUGCAUGCAAAAUGGUAUUAUCAGGGAUGAAAAAAAAUACACAUUGUCCCCAAUUAAAAAGGAUUUGAAGAGACUGGGCAUCAUUAUGAAUAUCUAUUUUCUUAUGAAUCUCUUGCUAAUUUUACACUGCCUACACCAGUUCUAACACACUCUGGGAAAACACACCAAUGGUGGUUCUUGUAUUAUUGUUGCGUAUUAUUAAACCACCUCAAGUCUUCAUUGUUUGGUUGGCAAGACUUUUUUUUUGUGUAAAUGUUGUACCUAUGUGAAAAAGGCAGAGUAGCCAGGUUCUCUUUAUGUAAUCAUACCUAGUUAUUGGUGUAUAAAUGUACGUAAGUUUAUUGCAGCGUCAGAGUUCGUGAGUGUAGCUAAAGAAAUUGUUAAAAAAGGCCUUUCUGUAGUUAAGUUGACUGAAGGUAAACUGCCUCUGCAGCAUCUCAUGUAUGUAACAGUAUCAUGUACUGUACUGAAAAGAAAGAUUUGUUAAAUAAUUAAUAGUUUUUAGAACUGUUCAAGUACAAGAAAGAGAUGAUUCAGGGGCUGUGGAGCUACACAAGCGAUCUCUGAUAUUAUAUGUAUAGUGAAAAUUCAGUGCUGUAGAUACUGUUGCCAGGCUAGGUGAGGAGGUUUGAAAGCGUUAAUGGGUCAGCGUUCAAGGAAUAUCUGGCAAAUGCAAAUAAGAUUUUCUUGCUAAAAUUUCACUUUGAGGACCU